AUGUCCAGACGACGUGUGUUGGAUUUGUGCGCCUACUACUAUCACCAAGAUUCGCCGGCAUUCAUGACAGGAAGAUGCGUGGAAGUCUUGGUGGACAAGUCAAGUCUGACUGCCACCCCGUCUCUUUUGCAACAAGUGUCUCCCGAAGAGCUGAUUCAUUCUUUGCUUGCUUCUUGCGCCAAGUCGAUCCUGUCAAAAGACACUAUGAGUGAAGAUCAGUGGCUUGCAGUUCGCGCAACGUGGCGAGCUGUCCUUCUCAGCACACCUUGUUCUUUCAUUGGGACUGACGGGCGUGCAGAGACUGUUUGGAUCCACGGAUUCAACCGGCGCCAAUCCAUCCGGCAAGACCACGAAUCUCUUUCACGCACAGCCAUGCAAACAAGCCUCGAGAUUGAUCAAUUCAAGACAAUUGUCGAGAGUGCUCCUGGCUGCAAAGGCAAACUGCAACCGGCGCAGUUAGCACAAGCCUUCGUGGAACUGGGUCUCCAGUCCGUGACAGGCGCAAAUGGACGAAAUGGGGACGAAGAUGGCAGGCUGACUGCCAACAUGAUCACCCAGGCGUUGAUGGUCAAGAAAGGCAUCCUUUCCUCGCCUAAGUGCGUCGAAAUUUUGAUGGAAUUGGAAUCGUCCUUUGGAUCCAAGUCGCCUUUUCAUCAAAUGUCCCGCCUACACGUGCUGAGUACCAAGCCCAGCUCACCAGAGAUGCGGGAAUGGGUCCUGCAAGGCAUCGUUGACAUGCUGAACUACGAUUUGAUUGAAGCAGGAGACAUUUCGAAAGCCUGCUUAGCUGGUGACAAACACCACGUUGGCUUGGUGCAAAUUCUCGAGAUGAAGAAGAAGGUCUGGUCACACUUCUUCGACGCCGUCUUGCCCAAGCUUGGCUUGUCUGAGGCUGACCGCACCUUGCUCAAGGAAAAGACUGCCCAGCACGACGUCUACAGAAAUCAUUCCGGAGAUGUCGAAGCAUUCUUGGAAUACGAGGCUGUUAAGGAAGAGGUGCAGAAAGUCCAGCAUGCCGUGAAGAAUGAAUCUGCCGAAAAAGCCGCGGAGGCAGACGACAAUACGUUUAAUGAGGAAGGCGGGGAGGAGAAGGACCCAGAAAACCAGCAGCUUGCUUUGCUGCGCCGCCCACCGGCACAACAACCUGAGGGCUCCGAGAGUUAUUGGAGAAGCGUAGCCAAUGUACAUGUGCGCACAUACGUUACUUUGCUGACUGAACCGGCCACCUUAGAUGGCGUAGUAACUUCGGUUGCUGGAGGGCCUCUGCGUGAGGAAAAAGGAGAGUCCGGCAAGUCGACCAUUGCCAUCGUGUUGGAUUGCGAUUUGCUUGGGGAAAGCCAAGGACCAUCGAGCCAACCAUUUCUGCGGAAAAAGUUCGUGCCUGAUCAGAACCUUGUGCGCAAGCUGCUCCACGGAGCAUUGAUUGGUCGUGGCUCGCAAAAAAAAGAAUCUGGCGAAGCAACCGUCCCUGCAAGUCAAGAUUUAGUGAUUUUGCAGUGCGGUGCCGACAAGUCUGUCAAAGAAGCCGAGUCGCACUUCAAGGUCAGCUCGUCUCGGAAAGACGCAUCCAUUGACUGCGAGCAUAAGGAAGUGCUGGUGGUCUUGUCCGACGGGUCCGUCCGCGGACGCAAACAGCGUGUGAAAGGGACAUACUCUUUACGAACUUCUUUGCACUUAUUUUCCUCGGAACCUUUGGCGACCAUGGUCCCGGAAAGGCAAUUCCCAGACUUCAGUGGACACAACACUAGCGACCUCUUUGCCACCGUUUCUGUACUGCAGCCGGAGGACAUGUGGCACUUAAGCAGGAAAGACAAAGAAGAAGUGCUUGCUGGGCGAACCGUGACGGUCACUGAUGCCGCGGCCGAGAAGCAAGCUGCGAAGAAGCAAGCGUCCGGAGUCGCGCCUGCCGAAUCGGUGUUUUCUGCAGAAACUUUGCCUCAGAAAUUUUGGUCCAGCUUCCUGAAGGGCCACGGCUGCAAAGGUGUGCUAUUGCUUGCUCUCUCCAUGGGUCAAGGUGAGCUUGCCAAAGCUUGCAUUUCUGAAAGGAUUCCUUGUCAGGCUUUCACGGUGACCGAUGCCCAUGCUAAACAUUUGGAGCUGCUGCUGACGGAAUUUGUCUUGGGUCUGAUGAAGACAGAGGGAUCGUCGUUCUACCGGGCGGCUGCGGCUGGCUCCGGGGGUGGCGCAGAAGAACAGGCAAAGCGAAAGAAAGAGGAAGAUGAUCAAGAAAAGAAACCCAAGAAGCCAAAGACGGCGCCGAAGAAAAAGCAAAAAAAAGCUGUGGAAGCAGAGACGCAGAACGAGAACCAAGACGAGCAGAAUGAGGACGAAGACGAGCAAGAUUCUGAUAUGCCUUGGUAA